GUUGAAAGUGGAUUGAUUCUAUCACCCACUACCAGAGAGAAAGAGAGAGACGGCAGCUUUAUUUUCGCGGCGCAUUCGUAGCUUUCUUAGCCGAAACAUAAAUCCGAUUUUCGAUUCCUUCUCUAUCUCUCUCCCCAAUUUUCGGGUUGUCUCAGAUUCUCCCAUUUCACAAAAUAGUCCAUCGAUCGUUUCUCUCUCUUUCUCUCCCCACUUCUCUCAGCUCGCUCCAGGUGAUCAUAAUUGUACAACCAAAUAGAAAAUAGGAAUUUGGCACUUAAACGGGAGAGAGAGGGUACUGGUUUGCGGAGGCAAUUGAACUUCUGUGAGCUUAGAGUCCUCUCUCACACUCUGUUCAUUUAUUCAAGACAAUACAUCCAAUGCAGUGCAGCUUUGAUUUUUACUGUUGAGAUUGGAGAAUUCUUGUGGAGGACAUUUUGUGAAAGAAAGGGAUUGCAACGGACACCAUGGGUUCUGUUUGCUGUUGUUUGCAUGUUGAGGAUUUUGAGGAUUAUAUGAAUCCUAACAGUGGUCUGUAUAGAAACUGCAUGUGUCUCAGUUGCUUUGUACAGAAUUUUCUACAUGUGUAUUCCUCAAUAUUUCGAAGAGGGGAAGUGCAUGCAGUCCCUUCAUCCAUCCAGGGGGCAGCUUCUAUGACUUCUGCUUCACUGGACAACUCUCUUUCUGACAUGUACCAUUCUCCUCCAAGGCCCUUACCAUAUGAUGCCGAUCCCAGAUAUUUUCGCUUGCAGUGUGACGGUCUGGUUUCAAGACGUGAGAAGGGCUCAAGUCAUUUACAUGAAGAAUCAGACCGAUUGAGAAGUGAUAAUGAUGCUGAUUCUGAUUCCUUAAGUACAACAGACAAAUGGACUGCAUCUGCUUGUGAAGAAGGAUCCAAAGAACAGUGUGUUAGAUCUUCGCUGAAGCUCUCAUCAGCAAAAACUUUUGGGAUUGGAUACAUUUAUUCAUCCAUUGAAGAUGAGGAUUUCUGUCCAACAUGCCUUGAAGAAUAUACACCAGAGAACCCCAAGAUAGUGACUAAAUGUUCCCACCAUUUCCACCUUGGUUGUAUUUAUGAAUGGAUGGAAAGAAGUGACACCUGCCCAGUCUGUGGCAAGGUGAUGUUAUUUGAUGAAACGACUUAAUCUUUGUUUGUGGGUUUGUGUUAUGGAUGAAGCCAUCAACAACAGGGGAAGAAAGAAAACCAUAAGGAGACUUGUAGAGUUCAUUGUGAAUAUUGCAGGUUAAAGUGUUUGUUUUCUAUGGUAAAUAUUGAAAAUAGUUAAAAAAUGAGGUUUCUUCAAAAUGCCCUUCAAACAUUUUUCAUCAAUAUGAAUGGCAAUCUGCUUAUAGCUUUGUCAAAACAUGGCUUGAGCUUUGGUA